AUGUCGCAAUUUUCAUGUGGUGAUCAAGAGUGGUGUAAAGCUUCCAAGAGUGAAUACUACCAUUCCGGGUUUGCAGACUUGGAGAGAGCUGCUAGUAAGGCAGAUGCACAUGAUUGCUUCAUCGAUUGCAAUGGAUAUCCCCUUGUGGAAGCAGUCGACAUAAUAUUAAUCUAUCCCGGAAGGACAGAUUACUACAUUUACUCAUCAAGUAUCGAUAUUAGCCAUACCCACUGCCCCCCCCAAGGAAUCGCUGCCGCUACUGUUGAACAAGUUUCUGGCAGAGAAGGUGCGUCGGAUGCAAUUCCCCCUCAUCCUGGACCCCGGUGGCACCACAGAUGUGAAAACCCCUUAGUCGGCAAGAGCAAACUGAUCGCUCGCGGGCUCCUGCUCGUUCCUUGCUCCCUCCCGGGCGAUCCCAGGCCGGGCUAG